AUGACGACUACUUCGGCCCCACCAGCCGCUGCAUCUGCAAUCCCCAAGGCCAGCCUGCCCAACGAGGAGAACCCCAAAGAUCAAGACCAAAACCAGAAGAGCCCAGCAAAGGAAGUCCAAAUAUCAAAGCCAAAGUACCGCCUCCAUGCCGAGGAUCUGCGUCAUCCAGAAUCUGCGUCAUUCUCCAUCUAUAUCCCGGAUGUGACCGCGACGCUCGAUACAGCCCUUGGCCAUAUCGUCAGAUACCUCUAUACGUCCCCAGAAUACGGGUCUACGGAGGAACUGAAAAGUGCCCCGAAAUUGAAGCGGCCUCACUUCGUCCCUUCCAUCCCUCAAACGCGCUCGGUGACGUUAUUCCUGCGCGACUUUGGCGGCGUGGCCUACACGACAGGCACAGAGCUGGACGAUGACCAUAAAGAAAUCCACCUCUCGCUGCCGUAUAUUACGCACUGCAAGAAUUCGGCCGCAAAGGCUGACCCGGUGCAUGAGCUAGCAGGUGUGCUCACACACGAACUGGUUCACUGUUAUCAGCACACUUCGCCUCCGGACUCUGGAAAGGAUGGAAAGGAUAUCCCUGGUCCGCCUGGCGGACUAGUUGAAGGCAUUGCGGACUUUGUGCGGCUCAAGGCUGGUUUGUCGCCGCCACAUUGGACGCGGCCUACGUCUUCCUCGCAGCGCGAGAAGAAAUGGGAUGCUGGAUAUCAGCAUACGGCGUAUUUUUUGGCGUGGAUUGAGGAUGUCUGGGCUGGGGAGGGGGCGGUUGGCAUGCUGAAUGAUCGACUCUUAAGGGUUGGUUAUGUGGGCGAGGAAGAGGAUGACGAGGAUUGCCAUGAAGGGGGCUUUUGGAAAAGUCUCUUCGGGGCUGGGGUUGCGGAAUUAUGGGACGAGUAUGGACAGUGGCUUGAUGACGGGGAGAAGAAGACCAAAGGCAAUUGGGAGGAGGAGAUUAUCAACCCAGUAUAA